AUGGCCACUUUCUUUGCUUUUUUGCUGUUCUCCGGUAUUGUUGCAUCCCAGACAGACUGCAACGGUUAUAAAGCCGCUCUGAAGACAUAUGACGCGAACAAAGGAAUCGAUAUGAUUAACAAAGAUUAUAGACUAGUCUUCACAGACGUUUUCAAUUCAUUUACGGAACAGUUUGAAUGUACAGCUUCGGAAGAGCGAGCUUCUAAUGAUGCUGUACUAAAUGCUGAGUGGAAUUUCGGUUUGAACAAUGUUGCAACUCUUCGUAUAGUUCAAGAAGACUUGAAAACUAGGUUACAACAUAUUCAUAACGCAAUCAAAGUUGCUCUUCCAGCUUGGAGUGGCAAACUUGGCAAUUUCUUCAGAUGGAAAAUUUGA